UGUAACGUGUUCGACAUUGAGAAGGUUUAAAUGGAUUUAUAUUUAUAAUAAAGGAAUAAUAAACUAUUAUAAUACAGAUCUGCGGUGUAAAAGUGCUCUUUAUAAUCAGAUAUUUUCCUGUGCCGAUUGUCUGCAGCCUCCACCACGUCUUUAAGGAACCUCUUGCAGAGGCGAUGUCGAGUCCUUUAGGCGCCGUCAGAGCCGAGGGCGUCGGAACGUCUGAUCCAGCCCGAGCUCCUCCGCCAGGUUGUCCCAUGCAUCAGGAAACCAAAAAAGCUGCCCCCCCAGCUGAGUGCCCCAUGCACCGGACGUCUGCUACAGAAGAGCAGAAGAGUGGACCAGAUGUUCCAGCACAUCAGGACAAAGCUUAUGAUUUCGUACAGUGUCCGAUGAGAGCGGCAGCGUCUGAUAUCGACCCCGCCAACAUGAUGCCUCCGCCGAACCAGCAGCCGUCCCCCGGUCAGCCGUUCUCUCUGUCUGUGGUGAGAGAGGAGUCCCACAUCCCUCGUGCAGGGUUCGAUCAGAACUGGGUUUACCCCUCCGAGCAGAUGUUCUGGAACGCCAUGCUCCGGAAAGGGUGGCGCUGGGGGGAGCGGGAUAUAUCUCAGGGUGACAUGACCAACAUCAUCAAGAUCCACAAUCUGAACAACGAGCGCGCCUGGACGGAGAUCCUGAAGUGGGAGGCUCUCCAUUCAAAGGAGUGCCCGUGUGGACCCGCUCUACUGAAAUUCGGUGGCAAGGCCAAGGAGUUCACACCGAGAGCUCGAUUCCGCCACUGGAUGGGACACGAGCUGCCGUUCGACAGACACGACUGGAUUGUGAAUCGGUGCGGUAAAGAGGUCAGAUACGUGAUCGAUUACUACGACGGAGGUCUGGGGCCGAAUCACACCGUCCUCGACGUGCGCCCGGCCUUCGACUCUUUGGGUGCCGUGUGGGAUCGGAUGAAGGUGGCGUGGUGGAGAUGGACGUCCUCGUCGAGCUGAUGAGUACAGGAGCUGUACACAAGAUGUAUAUUAGUACAUAUUGUAUUUAUUCAUGAUUUUAUUUCCUAAUAAACUUUGUCUUGUUGGCCUGAAA